AUGGACGAGCCUACCAUGCAUCCUCCUCAUAGCCAUUACCCCGCGGACCCCGAGAUGCACCGACACUCGACUUCCAGUUCUCAUCACGUGGAGGACCAGGAGAUCAUCAGCACUGUAGAGAAGAUGGACGAAAAGGGCGGUCUUUCUGCCUCCGUGAGCGAAGAAACCGGAGUUGUGGACCCUCUGGACCCCGACAACGACCCCAACAUCAAGAAGUGGUCGGUCAAGUACAUCAUCCGAAAGUACCGAUGGUGCUUCCACAUCUUCUGGGGUGUGUUUUUCACCGCCUGGUGGAUCUCCAUUGUCGCCCAGGACAAGCACAGACACAUGUGGCUUAUCCCCACCAUCCUGUGGAUGUUCAUCAUGGCCCGUCUGAUUACCCUGUACCUUCCCGCCCGUUAUUUGCUUAUCUGGGCCAACUGGAUCUGGCAGAGAACGGUAGUCAGAGCUGUCAGCUACAUUCCUCCUAUUGCUCGAAUUCCUCUGGCUGCUCUUGGUUGCAUUGGUGUCAUUCUUCUGGGUACUUUUGUCAUCCGAGAGUACCCCGAUUCGAAACGAUCUGAUCGAGCCAUCUCCUUCUUUGGUUGUAUCGUGGCAAUCUUCGCCCUGUACGUCACCUCCAACAACAGAAAGGCUAUCAAGCCCCACACCAUCAUCACCGGUAUGCUGAUGCAGUACAUUGUGGCUCUGUUUGUGUUGCGAACCAAGGCUGGUUACGACAUCUUCAACUUCAUUUCGUUCCUUGCUCGAAAGCUGUUGGAGUUUGCCAAGGAUGGUGUUGCCUUCAUCACCACGCCGGAGACUUCCCAGCUCGGAAUGUUCUUCUUCACCGUGCUCCCCGCUGUGCUCUUCUUCAUUGCAUUCAUCCACAUCUUCUUCUACUGGGGAUGGAUCCAGUGGGGUGUGUGUAAGUUUGCCUACUUUUUCUUCUGGACCAUGUCGGUGUCAGGUGCAGAGUCGGUUGUCGCUGCCGCCUCUCCUUUCAUUGGACAGGGAGAGUCUGCUAUUCUCAUCAAACCCUUCAUUCCUCACCUGACCAAGGCCGAGAUCCACCAGAUUAUGGCUUCUGGUUUCGCCACCAUCUCCGGAUCCACCCUCGUCGCCUACAUUGGUAUGGGUAUCAACCCCCAGGCAGUGGUCUCCUCAUGUAUCAUGUCUAUUCCCGGCUCCAUUGUCUGCUCCAAGCUCCGAUUCCCUGAGACUGAAGAGACUCUGACCUCUGGACGAGUCGUCAUUCCUGAGGACGAUACUGCCGAGGCCGAUAACGUGCUGCACGCCUUUGCUAACGGUGCUUGGCUUGGUCUCGUCAUUGCAGGUGCUAUCAUGACCACCCAGCUGUGUAUCAUUGCCCUGGUGGCUCUGAUCAACGCUCUGCUGACCUGGUUCGGAGGCUUCUGGAACAUCCAUGACCCCAAUCUUACCAUCGAUAUGAUGCUUGGCUACCUCUUCUACCCCGUUGGUUUCCUGCUCGGAACUCCCCGAAACGAAAUCUACAAGAUCUCCAAGCUCAUUGGUGUCAAGAUCAUCCAGAACGAGUUUGUUGCCUACGGAAUGCUGUCCGACCCCAAGGGUGAGUACGUCAACCUGUCCAAGCGAGGAGCCAUGCUGGCCACCUACGCUCUGUGUGGUUUCGCCAAUGUUGGUUCUGUCGGUACCCAGAUUGGUGUGCUUGGAAAACUUGCCCCCGGACGAUCCGGAGAUAUUUCCAAGAUGGCCAUCUCUGCUCUUAUCACCGGAGCCAUCUCUACCCUGCUCUCUGCUUGUGUCGCCGGAAUGGUUCUGGCCGAUAUGACCCACUUCCUGACCCCCAUCCAGGCUGUUGCUGCCGAGGCCGCUGCUAAGGCUGCUGGAAACGGUUAG